AUGCUGGCGGCGAGGGGAGCUGUUGCGAGGGAGGGCGAUACGGUCCUUCUCCUCCGCGGCCACUUCAACCUCACACCGCUUGUGCUUCGGUGCGGCGGGCUGCUUCACUGCAAGGAGGGGAAAUUCCGCCACGACGACAUCAUUGGCCAACCGCUUGGGACGCGGGUCACGGGGCAGAGCAACUUCAAGGGCGACACUUCCAGGCCCCCCAGCCUGCUCGUCCUGCAAAAUAGUGCGGACCUGUGGACGCAGGCGGUGCCGCACCGCACACAGAUUAUUUACGACACGGACAUUGCCGUUAUUAUCUUUAACCUGAGGCUGGGGCCGGGGUGCCGCAUCGCCGAGGCGGGCACGGGAAGUGGGUCGCUGACGCACUCCUUCGCCAAAACCGUUGCUCCCAACGGCACUGUUUACACUUUUGAUUUUCACAAGGGUCGUUGCCUAGAGGCACGGCAGGAGUUUCGGCGCAAUGGCCUACCAGCAUCCCUCGUGACAUGCAACUGGCGCGAUGUUUGCAGCACUUCGUGCGAGAGCGGUGUUAUGGCUGGCGUGGAGGAGGAAAUUGGUGCAGGCACCGAUCCCAAGCACGGCUUUGGCCUCCCUCGACACCACGUGGACGCCGUCUUUUUGGAUGUUCCAGCGCCGUGGCUCGCAAUCGAGAACGUUCUUCAGGUGCUGCGACCAGGUGGCAUGCUGUGCACCUUCUCUCCCUGCAUCGAGCAGUCACAGCGCACGGCGCAACGACUGCGGGAGGAGCCGUUUGAGUUUAUUGACAUUCGCACCGUGGAGGCGCUGACAAAAUACUUUAAGCCAUCCUUUAAGCGUGGCCGUGAGGAGGAUGGACGGCCGUCCCGUCCCAAGCUACGCCCUGCACUGGUGUCAAAGGGUCACAGUGCCUACCUCACUUUUGCACGGCGGCGACUCGAGCGCCUCCCCGGACUCGACGCUGAGAUCGAAGAACGAAACGACGGCAAUCCCUCAAGCGGCGAGGAGGAAAACACCGCAAGCUGA